AUGAAGUCUGAUUUUAAGUUCUCGAAUCUAUUGGGUACUGUUUACAGGCAGGGAAAUAUCGUUUUCUCGCACGACGGAAGGCAAUUGCUGUCGCCAGUUGGCAAUAGAGUUUCAGUGUUUGACCUGGUCAACAAUAAAUCGUUUACUUUCGAGUAUGAGCACAGGAAAAAUGUUGCAACGCUAGAUUUGAACGGACAGGGUACGCUUCUGAUCUCUGUAGAUGAAGAUGGUCGUGCGAUUUUAGUGAAUUUCAAGACGAGAAGCGUGCUGCACCAUUUCAAUUUUAAAGAGCGUUGUUACAGCAUCAAAUUCAGUCCUGAUGGAAAGCUGUGUGCCCUGGCGACAGGCAGAUUUCUGCAGAUUUGGAGGACUCCUGAGGCCGGGGAAGACCGCCAGUUUGCGCCGUUCGUUCGCUAUCGUGUCCAGGCUGGCCAUUUCCAAGACAUCGUGUCGCUUACGUGGUCCCAGGACUCCAGAUUUAUCAUAACUAGUUCAAAGGAUUUGACGGCGAGAAUAUGGUCUGUCGACUCUGAGGAUAAGGAUCUGGCGUCUACCACGUUUGCGGGUCAUAGAGAGGUCGUUCUGGGUGCGUUUUUCAGCGCAGACCAGGAGAAGAUAUAUACCGUCAGCAAGGAUGGUGCGUUGUUCAAAUGGGAAUACGCUCCUAAAGAUCCUGAGGACGAGGAAGACCUCUCGAAGUACAGCUGGAGAAUUACCCAGAAGCACUUUUUUCAUAACGAACAGAACAAGGUCAAAUGCGUUACUUUCCACCCGCAGUCCAAUAUCUUGGUUGUGGGGUUUAACAAUGGUGAGUUCCGACUUUAUGAGUUGCCUGAUUUUACGCUCAUCCAGCAGCUCUCUAUGGGCCAAAAUCCAAUCAACACAGUGAGUAUAAAUUCUUCGGGAGAAUGGCUUGCUUUUGGCUCUAGUAAGCUGGGGCAGCUGUUGGUAUAUGAGUGGCAGUCAGAAUCGUACAUUUUAAAGCAGCAGGGGCAUUUCGACUCGCUGAAUGGGUUGGCCUAUUCGCCAGACGGCUCGAGAGUGGUCACAGCAGCUGAGGAUGGUAAAAUCAAAGUUUGGGACGUUGUAUCAGGAUUUUGUUUGGUUACGCUGGAAGGACACACAUCUUCAGUCACUGCUGUUCAGUUUGCGAAGAAAGGCCAGGUUCUGUUUUCCUGUUCUUUAGAUGGUACAGUCAGAGCCUGGGAUCUCAUAAGGUAUCGUAAUUUCAGAGUAUUCACUGCUGCGGAGAGAAUACAGUUCAGCUGUCUGGCGGUGGAUCCAUCUGGUGAAUGUGUUUGUGCGGGCUCCAUCGACAGCUUCGACAUUCACGUCUGGUCUGUUCAGACUGCUCAAUUGUUGGACUCCUUAUCAGGACAUGAGGGCCCCGUCUCCUGCCUAUCGUUCAGCCAGGAAAAUAGCGUGUUGGCCUCUGCCUCUUGGGAUAAGACUAUCAGGAUAUGGUCCAUAUUUGGUAGAUCUCAACAAGUGGAACCGAUUGAAGUUUAUUCGGACGUCUUGGCUCUAACGACUAGGCCUGACGGUAAGCAAGUCGCCGUGUCAACCUUGAAAGGACAGAUCUCAAUAUUCGACAUCGAAAGUGGUAAGCAAGUGGGCAAUAUUGAUUGUAGAAGAGACAUCAUCUCAGGCAGACAUCUCGAGGAUAGAUUUACAGCAAAGAACUCAGAAAGAUCUAAACAUUUCACUACGAUUAACUACAGUUUUGACGGCCGGGCCAUCGUAGCUGGCGGUAACAACAAUUCCAUUUGUCUUUACGAUAUUCCUAACGAAGUGCUGCUGAAAAGAUUCGUCGUCUCAAGAAAUAUGACGUUAAAUGGUACUAUGGAGUUCCUGAAUAGCAGUAGAAUGACAGAAGCUGGCUCUCUCGAUCUGAUUGACGAGGACGGAGAUAAUUCAGACUUAGAGGACCGCAUAGACAACACACUUCCUGGUUCAAGAAGAGGCGGCGAUUUAUCCACGAGAAGAAUCAGACCCGAAAUAAAGGUGACUUCCGUACAGUUCUCACCAACAGCAAAUGCCUUCGCCGCCGCUUCGACGGAGGGUUUGCUAAUUUAUUCCGUGGACGACUCUUUCGUAUUUGAUCCAUUCGAUUUGGACGUCGAUGUCACUCCUCAAACGACUUUGAACGCAUUACAAGAGAAAGAGUAUUUGAACGCCUUUGUCAUGGCAUUCAGAUUAAACGAAGAAUAUUUGAUUCACAAGAUCUAUGAGACAAUUCCGGUAUCGGAGAUAUCUCUUGUCAGCGCCAGGCUGCCUGUCGUAUAUCUCGCUCGUGUGCUCAAGUUCAUUGGUGAUUUAGCCAUGGAGUCCCGCCAUAUUGAGUUCAAUCUGCUGUGGAUCAAAGCCCUACUAUCAGCCCAUGGAAGCUACAUUUACGCAAGAAAACAUGAGUUCGGCACAGCAACCAGAUCGAUACAGAGGUUCAUAGGCAGAGUAGCGAGAGACGUCGUAAGUGCCUCAACGAAGAACAAAUAUGCAUGUAACUUCAUCACUAAUACAAGUGCAACAGCGCCCUCAGAGCAUCUCGACGAAGAAGUUCGACUUGACGGUGGCGGCGAUGAAGAUUCGGACCAAGAUAUGUCGGCCGCUUCUGAUGAAGAGGAAGCUUGGACGGGAUUCGACGAGAAAGUAAAGAAUCUACCUCUAGAACAGAAAGUUGAAGAUUCGGAUGAUGAAGAAUUAGUAUAG